AUGCCAGUGACGAAGCGCCCGCUGACGACCGCCGUGGCCGUGGUGGCGCUGAACGCGGCGCUUUGGUGCUCCGCGAAUUCCGCCUACGACUUCGUCUGCGACUUGCCGUACUGGCAGCGCCAGAGGGAGCGCCGCCGGCAAGAGCGGGAGCUACAGCUGCAGCUUGAGAAGCAGAGGGGGGAGCGCCUACAACCGGCGGCGCAGCAGCAGGGAUAG